AUGGAAACUAGGAAGGAGAUGGUGAUGUUUCUGGAAGGAGGUCAACUUGGCUCCCUGGCAGUAGCCAAGAGGGCACCCAGCUUGGCAGAGGCCGUGGGAAGCCCUGGUCCAGAGCCGCAGGACAAGAUGAUUCAUAGAGGCUGCCACAGCCCUAGGUCUGGACCCUUACCCUCCCGGGAAAGAGGAGGAGGAAGGGUGGAAGAGGAGGAUGAAGAGGAGGAUGAAGAGGAGGAGGAGGUGGAAGUGCUCCCGGCGACAGGGACGGUCCCGGAGAGCCGGUCCGCGGCGGCCGCGCUGCUCUCCGCCGGGCAGCAGCCCCCGCUCAACCGCUUGGCCGCCAAAGGCCAGCAGAGCAGCUCGGACACAGAGUCGGAUUUCUACGAGGAGAUCGAGGUCAGCUGCACCCCGGACUGCGCCACGGGCAACGCGGAAUACCACCAGCACGGCAAAGGUACCCCAGCCCCUCCCUUUCUCCUCCCGCCUCCCAGUCUCUGGUCCUGGGGCUCAGGCCGGCCGGGCUGCAUCCCAAGACGGGCCAUCCCAUCUGCCCUGGAGCUUAGGAGCAGAAAGUCAGCGCCUGGUACUGGAAAGCAGGCUGCGUCUCUGCUUUCCAACCCGAUCCCCAAAGCGCUUAAGGGCUAGUGGGGGGGGGCUGUCGGGGAGGCAGCCUGCCAUAUACCAUCUGAUCUGGCUCAAGGGCUUUGAUGAUGUUUGCUGCCUCGGUUUGGAUUCCCCCCCCCACACACCCCCACCUUCUCCCUUUUCCAGGAUCCGUAGAGCCAUGGCUUGGGGGUCCCCUGGUAUCUCUAAUUGCCCGCGGAGAGACAUCUGCAAUAACCCACACACAUCUCCCGCUUUGAAGUCUAACGACGUGUUAAUGGGGGACAUGAAAUCGCAUCCUCGCUGCAACAGAGAAUUAUGACCUUUGCAGAUUUCCCUCCUGCAGCCCAGACUUUUAUUGUAAUGAAUUCUCCCAGAAGCUUUUCCUGUUCCAGGGCAUAGCAAGACCCCCCUCCCCUCCCCGCCCACACCCUUGCGCCCACACCUACCCAGGAUUAUAGUACUCUGGGCUCCCCAGCUUCCCACCCCCAAGGAAGGAGGAAAGAAGGCGAACUUUCCGGGAUUUGGCCAAGAUCAAAAGAAAAACUCCGCGCCUGCUGGCCAGGCUUGCAAGUUGCUCUUUGGGGCUGCUGGCGCGCGCCUUUCUCCUGGCAGGGAUGCAGCGUGCCUGCGGGAGCCCCGAAGCAGCCGCAAGAAAAAAGGACAGUAAAGGGGGGGGGAGCGGCUGACGCCCCUGCUGCCCAGCGCCCAGUACUCAGGUCCUUUUCUUUGCACAUUGGUUCGAUGUCCCAAUUGCCUUGUCACUUCCGUGUCUCGGUGGCGCCAGCUCGGAAAUGGUCCCAGGGCUUUAAUUGCCUUCGAUCUUAUUCAGGGCACAAUGAGAACUGGCUGCAUUUGAAAGCAAGCGCGCGCACACACACACAGAGGCCGAGACCACGGACUCUUUCUCGCCACCCCCUCCCACCAUCACUCGCACCCCCACCCCACCCCCUCAGCCUCAGAGCCCUAAAUAUCUUCUGGGAAAGUGUUGGAAUGAGGGAGAGCUCUGGUUUGGCCCAGGAGGUUUCUUUCAUCUCCAUUGCCAGAAGGAAGAAGGGUGUUUUUGUUGUUGUUGCGGGGAGAAGGUUGGGGCCAUUACACAAGAAAGGUGACUCCGCCAUCUCACUUGCCAGUUAUGGUCAUGUAUGGCAAAGGACGGUUAUCAGAGGCCAACAAAUGGAGGGGAGGGUGGCUAUCGCCUUGGCAAGCACUUCCCUCUGCGCACAGAGACAACAGGCCUCAGAGAUGGACGCUAAGGACCCCCAUAGCCUUUGGAGGAUCUCCUUUGUAUUGCAGAGAAGGGAAACAUCACCUGGUGGUGUCAGAGAGGUCUCUUAACGUCUUUAUCCUAUCUACGUUGUAUUGAAAGUUCAUUCCCCUGUGAUCACUGUCCUGAGGGAUUUGUUCCUUUCAGGUCUCUGUGUGUCUCUGUGUGUGGUGUGGACCCUUUCUAGAGCCUCUCUAGAAAGGCUAUCCUCCUUGGUUUGUCGCAGGCCAAACAACAAUAAAGAGGCACCUAGACGUCGAACAGAUUUAUUAUAGCACAAACUUUAGUGUAACUACAACCUACUUCAGCAGAUGAUUUGGGGGAUUUCACAUGCUACUCCAGUAGUAGGAUUUUUUAAAAAAGCAGUAGGCUUUGAAAGAGGCCUCUUUGAUACUUAUUUCCCUCCUCCCAGUUAUUUCCCACUGCAGGUGCUGGGGAAAAUGAGCCAAAGAAAAAAGCUCUCCUUACUUUCUGCUUCUUUCUGUCCCAUUCCCAGUGACUAGGGGUGGUGAAGCGUUUGCAUGGAAGCCGGUGUGCAUUCCUUAGAUCUAAACAACAUCUGGGAUUACCAUCAGAAACCUAUUCUGGCUUCUGUUCAAUGCGAUGUCAAUCCCGAUUAAAUAAUAAUAAUAAUAACAACAACAACCAACAAACGUGUCCGGGUAUAGCGGCACCGUUUGGCCAGCGCUUUUCAGUGUAAAUUGUGUCAGUGUGUGCGCGCGCUCGGGAAUGCGGCCUUGUAAUCCAGAUCCUAAACACAAAAGGAAAUGCGAUUGGCUUUCAGCGAAUUUUACCGGAGGAGUAAACCUCGAUGCGCAGAGCGAUCCUAGGCAUGUUUGCUCCAAAUAAGGCCCUAUUAUAGCCAGUAGGGCUUACUCUCGGGUAAGUGGGGAAGAGGAUUGCACCCUUAACACAAAAAAGAGAAAGGAACCAGAUUGCCACCCAGGAGCUAAAUACUUUGGGUAGUCAUACCUAAACACCUGAUUUGAAAUAAUAAUAAUAAUAAUAAUAAUAAUAAUAAUUUUUACUAAUUUCAAGGGGCCUUCCAUGGUUCCAUGACAUUGUUUCCAAGUAAGCCUAAUGUACACCUAAAGCCAGUCAGUCAACCCGAGCCCAGGUAUAUUCGUUCAAAAGAAAACCCCACGAGUUCAGUCCUACUUACCCUCAAAGUAAGUGCGCGGCCCCAGGAGAUAAGAGAUAAUACUCCCCAUAGAGUCUUGCUGACUGAGGAGUUACUCCUGAGUAAAGGUGUCUGGAACUGGGCUGCCCAUCUAUUUAAAUCCUAAUAAGGUAACUAGGCUGUUGAUCUAACUAGUCUUUCGGAUCUCUCCAGUUAUUCGGUUACUAAAUAUGGGCUAGUUUGUGUCCGUAGGCAUCCAGCCCCAUUUCUCAGGGGCUCCAAACUGGGGGGGGAGGGGAGAAAGUGGACAAACUGAAAUUAAGCGGUGGGGGGAAGGAAACACAGGUUGGCAGAGCCCCGCUGUCUUUCUUUCUCUUUCUAUGUCUUCCUCUCGACUUGCCCUUGCAGGACACUGCUCGGAGACCUCAGCGGGCAGCCCCAGCAGCGGAGGGGACCCCCCUAAAGGCAGCGGGGGCAGCGGCGGAGGGGGCUCUCAAGGAUCGCUGGCCUGCAGCGCCAGCGAUCAAAUGCGCCGGUACCGCACGGCCUUCACCCGGGAGCAGAUAGCUCGGCUGGAGAAGGAGUUCUACCGGGAGAACUACGUCUCCAGGCCCAGGAGGUGCGAACUGGCGGCCGCCUUAAACCUCCCAGAAACCACCAUCAAGGUAGGAUCGCAAGCGGGGAUCUCAAGGUUCCAGCACAAUGUCACGCAUGUACAGUCUGCCCAACGGCCGAGACGCCCCACGCUUGCUUACAGCCAAGCAGCAAAGUUCCCCUGCGGUGGCCUUCCGGCCAAGGCUCCCCUGCGCUGAUUUAAGUCCGAUGGCAGUUUAUUGGAGCUGCCAUUCAAGAGCUUUUAAGGCAGAGCGAUUACCCCCUUUCACCCUUUCCAUGCGUGCAGAGUGGAGAUCCCAAUUCGCAUUAGUAGCUUGUCAGUUUCACUGAAACCUGCUCGCGUUCUUUACUCAAUGGGCUUAUUUCUGUGUACUUUUGGAGAGGUGCAACUCCGACAGCGCGGUCCGAUCUAUACACGCCUGCUCAGAAGUAAGUUCCAUUGAGUUCAACGGUGUGUAGACGAAAGCUUCUAUAAGUGUGCACAGCAUUGCAGUUUACGCACCACUUAUUUCGGAGUCCACUGAAAUUAAUCCAAAAGCAGCUUUUAACCACGGUCGGUCGACUGAAACGUCCCCAACUCGCGAGUAACCUUGCUUACGACUUCGAGAUGUUUCAAAGUUGGUCCCCCAUGGAGCUGUUAGGCUACUGAUCCUUCAGGGUUCCCCUCCUCCCCGAGUAAAAUGGUUGCUUCCAACUUUGGCAACUGAAACAAAUGGCGCUUACUCCCAAGUAAAUGCGUACAGAAUGGGAUCUGACUUGAGUGGGAUUAAAUAGGAUGGAAGCACUGCUGCGCCUUGGAUAUCUUGUGGACCAGGUUGUCUCCAGAACAAGGAAAACCCAGAAGAAAAUCUAAGGCUGCAUUCUAUGCACACUUAUUUGGGACUAAGCUCCUUUGAAGUCGAUGGGACUUCCGUCAGUGCAAACAGCCGCAGGAUUUCGCUGCGCCCUUCCCCUUCCUUCGUCUCAUAGCUCCUGGGGAGUCUGCGUCUGUUUCAAUUUAUAAGCACUGCACAGUCUAAGGAUGGCAGACUAUUUGCGGACGCAGCUACUGGCACAAAAGAAAUUUCACACCCGAAGGCUGUCAAGGAUACAAGUUGGUUUCAUCUGGAAGCAGUGAGGCUCCUUUCAAUUUCAGCGGAUGUGGCUUGCACCCGUCUCCUCAUAUAGCUCCAAACAUACUGGGUGCAUGUUGCAAAGGCUGAAAAGCGGGCAGGAUCGCAGAGGCAGACGGGAAUGCAGCAGGAAGGCAGUUCUGUAGCAACGCUAAUAGCACUGUAGUAAAAAUAAUAAUAGUCACUGUGAAACUCCAUCAUUGGAUGUAGUUGAUCAAGCUCACAGACACCCCACACGCACACUUUUCAUUUCAUUUAUAUUUAAAUAUAUACGCCGGGGAAUGCCAAGCGGGCUACCUGCCCCCCCGGGCGUUGGAAGGGCGAUUCAGCAAGUGGAUGCUGAAAACCAGUUAAUAUUGUGAGAUGAAACGAUAGUGCUGUGUUGCAACAAAACUCCCGAGGCUUUUGGUGGAUUGCUAAAUACCACCGAGGCUCUAGGUUUUAUUGCUGUCCUUUUGUCCAUUGGUCAACACACAAUCCCAGGCCCAGUUAGACAAGCCAGGAGUUUUAUAGGUUCCUGCUGCAACCCCAGACCCGUUGGGCCGGAACUCUGACCGCACAGAGUUCUCUGAGGCCAAGUGAGCUUGCUUAAGCCUGCAGCCUCCCUCCAGAGCAAAAACAGGGCGCGCGUGAAGAUCGCGGUCUUGCUCCGUCUUCUUGCGGGAAUUUUAAGAGCUUCCUGUGGUUCUUCUGUCUGUCUCUCUGCCAGGUGUGGUUCCAGAACCGGCGGAUGAAGGACAAGAGGCAGCGCUUGGCCAUGACUUGGCCCCACCCGGCAGACCCGGCUUUCUACACCUACAUGAUGAGCCACGCGGCGGCCACCGGCAACCUGCCGUACCCGUUCCCGUCACACCUGCCGCUCCCUUACUAUUCCCAUAUGGGCCUGGGGGCCACCUCGGCUUCUGCUGCGGCCGCCGCCCCCUUCAGCUCCCCCCUGAGACCUCUGGACACCUUCCGGGUCCUCUCUCACCCCUACCCCAGACCAGAACUUCUGUGCGCCUUCAGACACCCUUCCCUCUACGCCGGCCCAACGCACGGACUGAGCGGCGCCGGAGGGAGCCCUUGCUCGUGCCUGGCUUGCCACGGGAGCCAGGCCAACGGGCUGCCUCAAAGGCCUUCGAGUUCGGACUUUAGCUGCUCCGCCACCACCAGGACUGACUCGUUCCUCACCUUCACGCCCUCGGUGCUGAGCAAGGCCUCCUCGGUCUCCUUGGAUCAGCGGGAAGAAGUCCCUUUGACCAGAUAA